AUGUCGGAGUACAAGUAUGCUGAUGUGGGCAUCAACCUCACAGACUCCACCUUCAAAGGGGAGUACUACGGCAAACAGCAUCACGCAGACGACACGGAGCAUGUCAUUCAAAGGGGUGUUGAUCUCGGGUGUCUCAAGUUCAUGGUCACUGGAACCGAUUUGGAGGAGUCGAAGAAGGCUAUCGCUCUCGCAGAAGGAUACCCAGGACGGUGUUACGCCACUGUAGGCGUUCACCCAUGCCAAACAGAAUCAUUUGAUAAGCACCCUGGCGGGCCUACAGUCUUGCUACAGGAGCUCGAGACACUGACCGUUGACGCAAAAGGUCGAGGUCUUGCUACCGCGUUUGGAGAAAUCGGGUUGGACUACGAUAGGUUACAUUUUGCAGGCAAAGAGCAGCAGCUCAAGUACUUUGAAGCGCAGCUUGAUAUUGCGGUUAAAGUUCAGUUGCCAUUGUUUCUUCAUUCCCGCGCCGCUGGUGAGGACUUUGAAAGAUUGCUGUCUGCUAGAUUGCCUAGCUUACCGAGAAGAGGCUUGGUGCAUAGCUUUACUGGCACCAUGGAGGAGAUGGAGAGCUUGGUGGCUCUUGGGUUGGAUAUUGGGGUUAAUGGAUGCAGCAUGAAGACCGAAGAGAAUCUAGAUGUCGUGAAAGCUAUUCCCCUUGAACGUUUGCAGAUCGAGACCGAUGGACCAUGGUGUGAAAUGCGGGCCUCGCAUGCCUCAGCAAAAUACAAAGAUGACGCUCAAGGACUGCCGAAAUCAGUCAAAAAGGAGAAGUGGACCGCGGACUCAAUGGUAAAAGGCCGUAACGAAUCAGCCACCAUUGUCCAUGUUGUCCAUGUCAUUGCCAAGGUCAAGGGGAUCUCGACCGCUGAACUUUGUCAAGCAGCAUGGAAUAACUCCAUAAAGAUGUUUGGCUUGGGAGAGACAUCAGAUCAGCAAAGGCCUUGA